AGCUGGGUACCAGCCGAAAGAAGGAUAACGGCCACAUUAAACAGCAUGGCAGCCGAGCUGAGCCCAGGAACACCUGCCAACAGGCAUGAGAAAAGCCUCGGUUUACUCACCACAAAAUUCGUCAGCCUCCUACAAGAGGCUAAAGAUGGGGUCCUCGAUCUUAAAUUGGCAGCUGAUACAUUAGCAGUACGACAGAAGAGACGGAUAUAUGACAUCACAAACGUCCUGGAAGGAAUCGGUCUGAUUGAGAAGAAAUCUAAAAAUAGCAUACAAUGGAAGGGGGCGGGGCCAGGCUGCAACACGACGGAGAUGUCAGACCGGUUAGAGGUGCUGAAGGAGGAACUACGGGAGAUGGACAGCGUUGAGGCUGAGUUGGAUGAACUGAGGAGUAGGAUACAGCAGAGCAUCAGGAAUGUCACAGACGACCAAGAAAACAGCAGGUUGGCGUAUGUCACCCAUGAAGAUCUCUGCAGAUGUUUCAAAGGAGACACGUUACUAGCAACCCAAGCCCCCUCAGGAACGCAGCUUCAGGUGCCAGUCCCAGAAAUUUGCGCGGACAACAAAAAGCGCUACCAAAUUCACCUCAAAAGCUACAAGGGUCCCAUCUUUGUCACGCUAGUCAACAAAGAUGAAGCGAGCGACAGUCCCGUGGUCGUGCCGGUACCGCCCCACGACCUGCAGCCGGCGGUGCUCAGUGGUGGCGGGGUACCGGUGGGGAGCAGGCUGGUCCCCACCGAUGGGUUUCCCCAAGAGACAAAGCCGGUGGUGCCCAAAGUGGAACCGGCCCCCAAGCCGGCGGAAGUGUUUCCAGUAACGAUCAAGAAGGAGGUGGACGCUAACGGAGCUAGCCCAGUAGAUAGCCUUAAGGACAUCCCCACCGAUAUGCUGUUUCAGCCAGGUGAAGAUUCCCUCAUGGAUACCCAAUUGUUAGAUGACCUCAUAGCUGGUGAAUCUGGCUACGUGCCAUUCCUGAGUCUCUCCCCCCCACCUGGUGAGCAAGACUACUACUUCAACCUAGACGACAGCGAAGGCCCCUACGAUCUGUUCGAGAUUGACAUACCGCUUGCGGUGUAGCUGUCAACACGUAUUCUUUUAUUUUUUUAUAUAUCUUUUUUUUUCCGAAUUGUCCAAUAUUAAAUGUUCCACGACCCUCGGUUGAGAAGAGCUGAA